AUGGCAUUAUUCACUCGCCGUUACGAUUUCAAUGCAGCGCCAACGUGUCCCACAUGUGGUUCAGUCAACAAGACGCCGUCGAAACCAUUUGCAGCACAUACACGUUCUCCCCGAGUAUCAGAGUUGUUGCGAUGCAAUGAUAUCCCUUCCGAGACAGAACUAUCCGAGUUCCAAGAUGUAAUCAUGCACGGACCCGGCCGUCUCGCCGAUAUCGAUAAGAGGAUUGAGCGGUCCAGGAACCUGAUUGACAUGCUGAUGCGUGAGCGUCACUCACUAGAGUCGGAUAUGGAGGAUGCGAAAAUAUUAUCUUCGCCGGUACGAAGACUACCGCCCGACAUUCUCCAUUCCAUAUGCCUCGAGACUAUCCCUUCCUCAUUGGAUAUCAUGUCGCCAAACUUUGAGUUCAGUGACAGUCUGAAUACUAGGAGCUCUCCAUGGACAAUAUCCCAGGUUUGUCGUAGAUGGCGAUCAACCGUUGUGAACUCCCCAGAACUGUGGUCAUCCACGUCAUUGGUCAAUGCCACACAGUCGCUACUAAUGACUGCCAGCGGCUUGAUCAAGCCGCGGUCAAACCUCCAAAGCAUGUUCCUGCUUGGGAUCCGACUCCAGAGGUCACAGAGUUUUCCUCUCACAUUGUCGUUAUGGAGCGCCAGCGAUGUUUCCCAGCACCCCUUUCUUGCCCUUAUCUCUAUUCAUGCCUAUGCGCUGCAGAAUCUUCGUAUCCACGUUCCUGUUAGGUCUCUCGUAGCAUUUUCCGGGUGUCGAGGACGUCUGGAACGCCUGGAACAUCUCAUACUUGAAUCAAACGACGAAUCGCUACCGGAAGGUUGGGCCAUCAAUGUAUUCGAGUAUGCGCCGAGGUUGCGCAUAUUAAUUGCACCCAUUCAUCAUUUUCCUCGCGCCGUGGAGAUUCCAUGGUUCCAGCUUUGCCACUGUACUCUUCAGAUUGACGACGAGCACGACCUCCCACUUCUUGAGCUGCUGGAUAAUGUCAAAAGUGCAGACAUAUGCAGCGGUGGAAACUUGUUGAGAGUUCCUCAAGGACAUAAACCCAUCCACCUCCCCCGUCUGACGUCAUUGGCGCUCACGUCGCAGAAUCCUGUGGCUACUCCAUCGCCUGAUCUCCGGGUCAUUUUCUCUUCACUUUCUCUCCCAAAUCUCGUCGAUUUGCACAUUACCUAUUUUGCAAUGCCAGUGCUUCCCCAUAUCAGCAUUCAGCCCAACGUCAUCACCAGGCUUGAACUAACACGGAUAUCAUCUACUGCUGGGGGCAUCCCGUCAUCGGAAAACAUGCCUCUACGUCACCUCCGAGUGCUCGAUCUCAGUGGUUGCGAACUCGAUUGUGAUUACUCAAGCUUCGUCAAGAUGGUCGAGGCUCGUAGACAAGGGGAUCACUCGAAGUGUGAUCAACUAGAAACUCUCUACCUAGCCACUCCACUCGAACUAGGUGGUCCUACUGCAGAGAUCUGGUCCAAUCUCCUCGAAGGCGGGUUGAAUGUCAUGUAUGGAGCCCAGAACGUGGCAGAUUAAUACCGAACUUUCUGGUAUGGUUCCCUAGUCUUUGACCUCCAUGUGUUAUUUCUCUUUCCAUCGAUACGUACUCUUGAUUCUUAUAAUACCAUAGACUAGAGGUGCAUCGAAGUCCGCUAUCUACACUAUGAUGGUUUUCUCUUCCUUACUUAUGGUACAACGGUGUCUCUGGGGUUCCGAGCCGGACUUGUGAGAAGUUUUAUAAAUAUGUGACCUAUCGUGGCAUCGAACUUCUCCCUGACCACUACGAUCACUUCAAG